ACAUGUAAUUAUUUUACUUGCAUCUGGGAACAGUGGUGUGAAACAUUUAAGAAACUACACUUGUUAAACUAACUCCCCAAAGAUAAAAUAUUCAAAGACUUAAUUAAAGAAUUGUAGAAAAUAAGAUGGGUCAGCACUAAUAUUUAGCUAAUGAAAUGGGUUUAUAAUAUGAAGAAAGAACCUACAUGAUAUUGAAGACUGAAAACAAGCAUGUAAUCAUAUAAACAAGGUUUUGGAAGGAAAGAAUAAGUAAACAUGAGAACCACAAACUUAUUAAUCUUAUAAAGAGAAAUUCACAAUAUUUGUUUCUUAAGAAGCUACUUUAAUACACAAUCUUGUCUCAAAGAUUCCCAUCCAACUCCCAUCUUUCUAGAUCUCCAUCCAAUAAAAAUAUAUGAAAUUUUAUUACCUCUUCGCCUUCUCGACAUUAAAAUUAUUUACUAAGUUUGUCUUAAAGAGAUCCUUUUAGGUUUGUUUGUAUUUUAAAACAGUGUAGGAAAACUGCUUUUCUAAUACAGAGCGAAACUUAUGGUCAAAAUUAAAUAAUUAAAAGCUGUUAAACAUUAAAAAUACCACGAAGACGCCUGAGAAAUGUUGCUCUACAUGUUUACAACGGAGAACAUAAUUUGAAUUUAAAAUGCACGUUUCAAUGCAUAACUGUAAAUUUUGUAAAUCUACUUACUUCUUGGGCCACAUGAUGUCGCUCUUAGCCACUAAAUAGUCACAAAGCGAGACCAUUUUCCAUUAGAAAGAAUCCACUGGGCUUCACUCUUCAGUUUGCUCCACAAUGGCCAGCAUCUCGGGACUGGAAUGAAGGAAUAAAAAGUCUCCAGAAUUUGAGGUAACUGUCGCGCAUGAGAAGAAAACGUCAGUAAUUUGAAAUGGUAAACCUGAGAGGAUACAACUGGAAAAGCCAACAAUUGCUCCUCCUCCUGAUAAUUCUGGCAGUCUGGGAGGCAGGGAACAGUCAGCUCCACUACUCUGUUCCCGAGGAAGCCAAACACGGCACCUUCGUGGGACGCAUCGCGCAGGACCUGGGGCUGGAGUUGGCGGAGCUGGUGCCCCGCCUGUUCAGGGUGGCGUCCAAGGACCGCGGGGACCUUCUGGAGGUAAAUCUGCAGAAUGGUAUUUUGUUUGUGAAUUCUCGGAUCGAUCGGGAGGAGCUGUGCGGGAGGAGCGCGGAGUGCAGCAUCCACCUGGAGGUGAUCGUGGACAGGCCGCUGCAGGUUUUCCACGUGGAGGUAGAGGUGAGGGACAUUAAUGAUAAUCCUCCAUUGUUCCCAACGACACAAAAGACUCUGUUUAUUCUAGAGUCCAGACUGCUCGACUCGCGGUUUCCACUAGAGGGCGCGUCAGAUGCAGAUGUCGGUUCCAAUGCCCUGCUGACUUACAGACUGAGCACCAAUGAACAUUUCUCUCUGGAUGUACCGCCCAACCACGAGCAGGUGAAACCUCUUGGGCUCGUUUUGCGGAAACCUUUAGACAGAGAAGAAGCUGCAGAGAUGCGCUUAUUGCUCACGGCUACGGACGGAGGCAAACCAGAGCUGACCGGCACCGUUCAGUUACUCAUCACAGUGCUGGAUGUCAAUGACAACGCUCCAGCUUUUGACAGAUCUCUGUAUACCGUGAAAUUACCAGAAAACGUUCCAAACGGGACAUUAGUAAUCAAAGUCAAUGCUUCAGAUUUGGACGAAGGCGUCAAUGGGGAAGUUAUGUACUCAUUUUCUAGUGAUGUUUCUUCAGAUAUAAAAUCCAAGUUUCACGUGGAUGCUGUGAGUGGAGAGAUUACAGUUAUCGGAAUUAUUGAUUUUGAAGAGUGCAAAGCUUACAAGAUUCCAUUAGAGGCACGUGAUAAAGGGUUCCCACAACUGCCAGGACACUGUACUGUUCUUGUGGAAGUUGUAGAUGCUAAUGACAAUGCCCCAGAGUUGACUAUCAGUUCCUUGUCUCUCCCAGUAUCUGAGGACAGUCAACCUGGAAGAGUCGUCACCUUAAUUAGCGUAUUUGAUCGUGAUUCUGGCACCAACGGGCAGGUGACCUGCUCCCUGAAUCCUCACAUUCCCUUCAAGCUGGUGUCCACAUUCAAGAAUUACUAUUCACUCGUGCUGGACAGUGCCCUGGACCGAGAGACUAUCUCUAACUACGAUGUGGUGGUGACUGCCCGUGACGGGGGCUCGCCCUCCCUGUGGGCCACUGCCAGUGUGUCAGUAGAGGUGGCUGACGUGAAUGACAAUGCUCCUGCAUUCGCGCAGCCCGAAUACACGGUGUUUGUGAAAGAGAACAACCCUCCUGGAGCGCACAUCUUCACGGUGUCUGCGGAGGAUGCGGAUGCACAGGAGAACGCGCUGGUGUCCUACUCGCUGGUGGAGCGGCGGGUGGGUGAGCGCUUGCUGUCGAGCUAUGUAUCCGUGCACUCGGAGAGCGGCAAGGUGUUCGCACUGCAACCCCUGGACCAUGAGGAGCUGGAGCUGCUGCAGUUCCAGGUGAAUGCGAAGGAUGCUGGCGUGCCUGCCCUGGGUAGUAAUGUGACUCUGCAGGUGUUUGUGCUGGAUGAGAAUGACAAUGCACCCACGCUACUGGGGCCUUUAGCUAACGGGGCUGGUGGCACAAUGAGUGAGGUAGUAUCUCGGGCUCUGGUGCCUGGUCAGGUUGUGGCGAAAGUGCGUGCAGUAGAUGAGGACUCUGGCUACAAUGCAUGGUUGUCCUAUGAACUGCAGCCGGCUGCGGGUGGAGUUCGUAUUCCCUUCCGUGUCGGCCUGUACACAGGAGAAAUCAGCACGACACGUGCACUGGAGGAGACAGAUGCAUUGCGGCAGUGCUUGUUAGUGUUGGUGAAGGAUCACGGAGAACCUUCUCUGACUGCCACAGCCACCGUGUUGCUUUCUCUGGUAGACAGUGGCCAAACACAGAAGGUCUCAACUAAGGUGUCAGUUGGAGCCUCCAGCGUGGAUCAGGGGCUAGUGGAUGUCAAUGUGUACCUGAUCAUCGCCAUCUGCGCGGUAUCUAGCCUGUUGGUGCUCACCCUGCUGCUGUACACCGCGCUGCGCUGCUCGGCGACGCCCGCAGAUGGAGCCUGUGCUCCGGGGAAGCCCAUGCUGGUGUGCUCCAGCGCGGUGGGAAGCUGGUCGUACUCGCAGCAGAGGCGACAGAGGGUGUGCUCUGGAGAGGGUCUGCCCAAGACCGACCUCAUGGCUUUCAGUCCCAGCCUACCUCAGGGUCCAAGCUCUACAGACAACGUGAGUCUUAAAUAUUUUUCUCUCCAGGAGUGGAAAAAAUAGUUUAGCUGUAUUUCAUGAUGUAACCUAUUAAUUGCAACACCAGGG